AUGAAAUUUAAAAUAUUAAUAAAAUCAAUAUUUAUAAUAUUGAUAAUAAUAAAUAUAACAAAAUCUAAAUUUACAGAAGAAAAUCAAUUUCAACAGCAACAACAGCAACAACAGCAACAAAAAAUUCAAUAUAUAAAUAGUUAUCAAUCAAUUCAUGAUUAUAAUUAUGAAAAUGUUAUUGGUAUUACAAAUAAUUCAAAAACAUCGUCAUCAUCAUCAUCAUCAGCAAAUAAUGAACCAUUAUCAGAUUGUGAUAAUAAAUGUCAAAUUGGACAAGUUUGUAGAAAUCAUACAUGUACAACAUGUUUAACCGAUUCAGAAUGUCAAGUUUUAAAUGAUCAAUGGAUUUGUCAAAUUGGUACAUGUACACAUAAAUCCUUAUUUCACAAUGAAAUUAGUUCAUUGGAUAUAGUUGGUUUCAUUCUAUUGUUUAUUGGUUGCGCAUUAUCAUCUGGUGGUGGUGUUGGUGGUGGUGGUAUUUAUAUACCAAUAUUAAUUCUCGUAUCGAAAUGGGAUCCAAAAACUGCGAUUCCUUUAUCCAAUUGUUUGGUUGCCGGUUGUGCAUUAGCAAAUUUCAUUCAAAAUUUCCCAAGAAGACAUCCAUUCUCAAAUAAACAUUUAAUAGAUUAUUCAGUUGCCUUAUUAAUUGAACCAUUAACUUUGGCCGGUACAAUUUUCGGUGUUUAUUUACAUACUUAUUUCCCACCAUUGGUUAUCUUAUUGCUCUUGGUAAUCACUUUAGGUUUCACAUCUUAUAAAACAAUUUCAAAAGGUAUUGAUAUUUGGAAAUCUGAAAAAAAAAAAAAAAAUUCUUUAUUAAGUAAUACUGAUGAUAAUAAUAAUAAUAAUAAUAAUAAUAAUAAUAAUAAUAAUAAAAAUAAUAAUAAUGAUAAUGAAAAUAAUAAUAAUAAUAAUAGUACUGGUGGUAAUUCAAAUAAUAAAAAUAUAAAUGAAACUACAAAUAUUGAAAAUAUUAAAUAUAAUCUUAUUUUAGCAUUUUCAACAAUGUUUUCAAUUUUUAAGGGUGGUGAUCAAAUGUAUAGUAUAGUUGGAGUUAAAUUAUGUUCACCAGUUUAUUGGAUUUUAUCAUUUGUUAUGGUACCAGUCAUUAUCAUUGCUUGGGGUAUAACAGCAAAGUUUUUAAUGAGAGAAUAUGAAAAAAAGAAAGAAGAAGGCAGAGAAAUCGAAGGUGAAAUUAAAUAUACAUAUAAAAAUAUUUUACUUUUAGGUAUCUUAUCAGUAAUUGCAGGUUGUUUAGCUUCAUUAUUAGGUAUUGGUGGUGGUAUGAUUAAAGGUCCAGUUUUACUUCAAAUGGGUUUAGUUCCUGAUGUUACUGCUGCAACUUCAAGUUAUAUGAUUUUAUUUACAUCAGCAUCAUCAGCAAUUCAAUAUAUUUUAGUUGGUAAAUUAAGAUGGGAUUAUGGAAUUGUUUAUUAUGUAAUUGGUUUUGUUUCAUGCUUUAUUGGAACUCAAACUUUAAUUUGGAUUGUAAAGAAAUAUCAAAGAAGAUCAUAUAUUGUAUUUUUAAUUGGUUUCGUUAUUACAUUCAGUACAAUCUUAUUGGUUAUUACUGAAAGUAUUGAUUUCGUCAAAUAUAGAAACCUUACUUUUGAUUCAAUUUGUUUGCCAGCAAAUCAACCUCAAUCUUAA